AUGCUAGCAUAUUUACUUCCAGUAAUUUGGGCCUAUGUGCAUCCAAUCACUGUCCAUGGGCGGUACUUUGUUGAUAGUGUUACAAAGGAGCCGUUUUAUAUAAAAGGAGUUGAUUAUCAGCCUGGGGGGUCAUCGGGUGUUUCUGAAUCGAAAGAUCCUUUAUCAGAUCCAAACGAAUGUGCAAGAGAUGUACUUUUAUUUCAAGAUUUGGGAAUCAAUACUAUAAGGGUUUACUCAAUCAAUGCAGAUUUAAAUCAUGACGUUUGUAUGUCGAUUCUAGCAACUGCAGGUAUUUAUCUAGUAUUAGAUGUUAAUUCGCCUUUACCGGGCCACCAUUUGAAUAGGUACGAACCUUGGGUUUCAUAUAACGAAGAAUAUCUUGAAAAUGUUUUUAAAGUUAUAGAGCAAUUUUCAUACUAUAAUAAUACUUUAGGAUUUUUUGCAGGAAAUGAAAUCAUAAAUGACAAAACGUCUGCCAAAAAUUCUCCUGUUUAUGUGAAAGCCCUAAUUAAAGAUAUCAAACAGUAUAUUGAAUAUAAUUCACCAAGGUCUAUCCCCGUUGGAUAUUCUGCUGCAGAUGAUUUACAGUACAGAAUCUCUUUUUCUGACUAUUUAGAAUGUAUUGACACCAGUCCAGCGGAAUCAGUAGAUUUCUAUGGGGUGAAUUCAUAUCAAUGGUGUGGAGAACAAACUUUUUACUCAAGUGGAUAUAAUGUUUUAGUCGAUGACUAUAGCACCUACAGUAAACCGGUAUUUUUUUCAGAGUACGGCUGCAAUGAAGUAGUCCCAAGAGCCUUUGAAGAAGUCCAAGCCCUUUACUCAACAGACAUGAUUGAUGUUUUCUCCGGAGGACUCGUGUAUGAAUUUACUCAAGAACCAAAUAAUUAUGGGUUGGUAAAGCUUGAGGAGAACGGAGAUGUAAAGCUUUUGAAAGAUUUCAUGUCACUUAAGUCACAAUACGAUAUCCUUCCAGAAAUAAACUAUAGACACGUUGCUAAUUCAAUGAAAAAAAAUGCAAAGCAAAUUCAGACAAGAUUGAAGACCCAUAAAUUCUCUUUACCUGAAUGCGAGCCCACAUAUAAUAAUCUUGAUAUUUCCAAGGGCCCUCCAAAAUCUUUGGCAGAAAAUUUAAUCGAAAAUGGAGUCAAGACUUCAAGAGGUAAAUUUGUUCCGUUGGAUAACGAUCAAUUGACAAGUACAUAUAAAAUUUUGGAUGUGAAUGGUGAUGCUUAUUUUGCUGAUCCAAAAAUCGAAAGAGUAAUCGAUAUAAUGUCUGGAAAAGAAAUAACAAGAGUUCAUCACUCUAGAGGAUUUCACAAUUGUACGUAUAGUGAUUUGGAGGAUAGUAGCGACGAAUCUUCAGAUUACUCAUCAUUCACCGACGAAUCAGAAGAGCCAGACUCAAUACAUACACUUUAUUUCAAAGCUUCAAAGUUUUUGAGGCAUUUGUAUAAAGCGAUUGCAGAUAAGUUUUCAGAGAAUUAA